UCGCUCCGUGUGACACUUCCAGUGAUCGUGCUUUGUGCAUCUUUGUUUUUCGAUAAAGAUUUUUCUCGUCUUUUACAAGAGACGAUAACUAACUUACAACUAACGCCAUCUAUAGUCGAGUAGCUGUACAAUGUUUUCGAUACUUUCGCUUCUAGUCACCGCGGCGCUGAUGUCGCACUACGGUUUCCAGUCAUACGCCGCGAUACUUGAUCGCCAAAAUAUUAACUUGGAUAACAAUUUACAGGCUAAUGUAGUACCACCUCGCAAGAAGACCUUCGUGCAACCCUACGUGCGAAUCAAGGGCAUGCCGGAGACCAUAAACCUGAUCCGCAGUGAGCCAAUUGCGUUGGAGUGCCAGGUCUACGCUUCGCCUAACCCUUACGUUAGUUGGUUGAAGAAUGGAGAUCCGAUUGAUCAAUUCGAAGAAGAGUCUAAUGAGAUAUCAGCUGUCCAACCGUUCAGCAUCGCGCACAUGACUGCCAAGUUAGUGGUGUCCACGCCUCGCGACGGAGACGUCUAUACCUGUGUUGCAAUGUCGGGUGUCAAUCAAUUGAGUUUAUCAACUACUGUUUCCGUACAAGAAGAUCCAGACCUAAUGCCACUAGAUAUCGUCCCGCCCAUGAAGCCGGUGAUAACAUCUGUAUACAACGAGGUGAUCCAGACUGUGGGCACGAACAUCGUGCUGCCAUGUAGGGUACACAGUGACUCCAAGGCGCAGGUGUAUUGGGAAGAUAACGGCGAUAAUGUUAUUUACGGAAACUCGAGGUUCCGGAUUUUAUCAUCUGGCGAUUUGCUGAUAACGGGCCUGCGAUGGGACGACAUGGGUGUGUUCACUUGCACGGCCAAAAACAUGUACGGCAAAGACUCCGUCGGCACUUUCAUAUACCCAGCAAAGGCGUCUUAAAACAGAUCCCUCAUUUCAAAAUCAAACCGACUAAAGUUACCCGCCGAGAAGAAUAUCGAUGUUCCUAUAAAUAAGUGUACCUAUAUAACUUAAAAUACUUAUUAAAUUAUUAAUUAGACUUAAGUUUAAUACACAUUUUUAAACGGGACGUGAAGCUCACGUUGUUUCCCUAAGUUGUUCUGUACUUAAUUUAAACUUAUUUUUUAAUUAAGUUAACUAUUCCGUAUUUGACAAUUUCUAUUUGUAACAAAUUACAGUAGGCGAGAUAUUUUUUUAAAACUUUUAACAAGCUUUAAUUUAGCCUAAAAUUUAACAUUGUGACUUUAUAAGUAUACCUUAUGUCGAAUUGACUUCAAAGUCACCAGGGGGCUGACCAGAGACGUAAAAAGGCAAUUUUUUU